AUGCGGCGUGCCUGCCGCCGUCUCUUCCUGCAGGGCGAGCCGCGAGAGAGUUGCGCAGCGGCGCUACACUGCAGCAUGGCAGCCAUCUCCACCGGUGUCUUCGAUCACCCCUCUUUUGAGUGCCGGCAGAAGCACAGCUUUAACACACUGCCGCUGCACGACGCGAACCGCUUUGGUGGCCGCACGGCGUACCUCCGCGAAAUUGGGCCGGUCAACCAAAAGAAACAAGGGCGACGCUUCAAGAAGGACAUGCGCACUGUACAAUUUAAUGUGGAUGUGUGGUGUGCGCAGCAGACGCUGCGUAAAAAGUGGAAACAACGGGACUGGGAAGUAGUGGAGGUGCCGUUCCGACUCUCUCCAAAGGAACAGCAGCGUGUGGUGCCGGAGUUAUACACUGACGUGCCGCAAAUGACAGAUCCGGCGCAUAAUGACUUUAGCAACAUCCACAGCAAAGUGUACGACCGUGAGGAGCUGCAGGCCGACCUCUUCGGCGCGGCGGGGCCGCUGCCGUACCCACCUCUGCAGCGUGUUGACAAGCAGGCUAUGACGUUGGACAAGUUCUUGUAG